AUGGGGAACGGGACUGCAGCGGUGACUGAGUUUGUUCUGCUGGGGUUUCCCCUGAGCAGGGAGGUGGAGCUGCUGUUCCUGGUGCUCCUGCUGCCCACGUUCCUGCUGACUCUUCUGGGGAACCUGCUUAUCAUCUCCACCGUGCUGUCCUGCUCCCACCUCCAUACCCCCAUGUACUUCUUCUUGUGCAACCUCUCCACUCUGGACAUCCUUUUCACCUCAGUCAUCUCUCCAAAAGUGUUGGCCAACUUAGGAUCUGGGGAUAAAACCAUCUCCUUUGCCGGAUGUAUCACCCAGUGCUAUUUCUACUUCUUCUUGGGCACAGUUGAGUUCCUCCUGCUAACGGUCAUGUCGUAUGACCGCUAUGCCGCCAUCUGCUGCCCCCUGCGAUACACCACCAUCAUGAGACCUCCUGUCUGCAUUGGGACUGUUGUGUUCUCUUGGGUGGGAGGCUUCCUUUCUGUGCUCUUUCCAACCAUCCUCAUCUCGCAGCUGCCCUUCUGUGGCUCCAACAUCAUUAACCACUUCUUCUGUGACAGUGGACCCUUGCUGGCCCUGGCCUGUGCAGACACCACUGCCAUCGAGCUGAUGGAUUUUAUGCUUUCUUCCGUGGUCAUCCUGUGCUGCAUAGUCCUCGUGGCCUAUUCCUACAUGUACAUCAUCUUGACAGUAGUGCGCAUUCCUUCUGCAAGUGGAAGGAAGAAGGCCUUUAAUACCUGUGCUUCCCACCUGACCAUAGUCAUCAUUUCUAGUGGCAUCACUGUGUUUGUCUAUGUGACCCCCUCCCAAAAAGAAUAUCUGGAGAUCAACAAGGUCCCUUCAGUACUGAGCAGUGUGGUGACUCCAUUCCUCAACCCUUUUAUAUAUACAUUGAGGAAUGACAGAAUGCAGGGAGUCCUCAGGGGUAUGUGGGUCAGGGUUCGAGGAGUUUUAGAAAAGAGGAUGAGGGCUGUGCUGAGGAGCAGUUUGUCCUCCAACAAAGACCACCAAGGAGGGGCUUGCUCUUCUCCACCACGUAUCUAUUGUGUAAAGCCCCAGUGUUAG